CAGUGUCUACAUGUUCUGUGUACGUGUACUGAGGAGACAUUUGAUAAAAUGUUUAUACCAAGGUCUACUGAAUCUGAUCUGUCUCCCAAGUGUUCAUGGUGUGAGUCUAUCCCUUGGAGUCUGAUCUCUUGGUUGGACGUUGGAAAUAGCUUCUGAUGGCCUAAGGUCUCUUUCUUCUGACCCCAGGAGAUGAGUUAUGCCUGGAAGACACCUGGAUGAAAAGCCCUGGGUUCAGAUUAUCGGCCUCCUGAGACUGCAAAGACACCUCCCCACACACACACACACACUGCACUGGGCUAUUCAGCUGAAGUAAGAUCCAAUUGUUUCAUUCAUGUAGAAAGAUGGCUUAUCAGAAGGUCAAUGCGGAUCUAAUAGCCUCGGCACAUUCACAGUACUCGGACAAUGAUGAACUUCAAGCCACUGCCCUUGACUUGGAAUGGGAUAUGGAGAAGGAGCUAGAGGAGCCUGGCUUUGACCAGUUCCAGCUGGACCAUGCUGAGAGUCAGAACCUGGGGCACUCAGAGACUUCAGAUCUCUGUCUUGAUUCUCUUCAGCCAGCAACUUCACCCAAAGGAAGAUUCCAGAGACUUCAAGAAGAACCUGACUAUGUUUCCCACUUUACAAGAUCUGCAGCAAAGAGCAGCCGUUGCAAAUUUUGUCACUUUCUGAAAAUACUUUGCACGGCCACCAUUCUAUUUAUUCUUGGACUCUACAUCGGGUAUUAUACGCAUCCAAAUUGCACUUCUGAUGCUCCAGCUUCAGGGACAAAGGAUCCUCAGGUAUACCAAGAGAUUCUCAACAUGAUCCAAGCAGAAGACAUUAAGAAGUUCUUCAGAAAUUUGGUCCAAUUCUCUAAAAGUGAAGAUGACAUGGAAAUUUUAAAGAAGAUUAAGACUCACUGGACUGCGCUGGGACUGGAAGAUGUACAGUUUGCAAAUUACUCGGUGCUGCUGGAUCUACCUGGGCCUUCUCCAGGCACCGUGACCGUGAGCGGCAGUGGCCAGUGCUUUUAUCCUGAUGGCCAGCCUUGUGGGGGAGAAUCCAGCAAAGGCCAUGGCCAGGAACUGUUCUUCUCAUACGCAGCCUAUUCUGCCAAAGGAACUCUCGAGGCUGAUGUCAUCGAUGUGGGUUAUGGAACUACAGAUGACUUAAAAAGGAUCACAAGAAUGAAAAAUACAACAAAUCAAAUUGCACUCUUGAAAUUAGGAAAAUUACCACUGCUUUACAAGAUUUCCUUAUUGGAAAAGGCUGGGUUUGGAGGUGUCCUUCUGUACGUGGACCCUUGUGACUCACCAAAGACUGCAGAUGUCAGCUCUGAGACCUUCAUGGUGACACUGAAUCCGGGAGGAGACCCCUCUACACCUGGGUACCCAAGUCUUGACGGAGGCGUCAGACAAAGCCGGCCAAACCUCACUUCCCUGCUAGUGCAGCCGAUUGCAGCAUCCCUUGUUGCAAAGCUCAUCUCUUUGCCAACACAAGGCGUGAAGAGUGAUGGCUGCAGCCUGCUAGAACUUCCUACUGAUGAAAUAAGAACUGUCCGUUUGCAAGUUCAGACAGUAACCAAAUUCAAGACAGUGACUAAUGUAGUUGGUUAUCUAAAAGGCUUGACAUCUCCAGACCGGUACGUUAUAGUCGGCAGCCAGCACCAGGAUGGGUUCAGUUAUAAUGGACAAGAGUGGGCCAGUGGUACAGCAAUCAUCUCAGCCUUUAUCCGAGCCAUGAUGUUGAGAGUGAAGAGAGGAUGGAGACCAGACCGUACUAUCGUUUUCUGCUCAUGGGGAGGAACAACUUUGGGGAAUAUUGGCUCAUAUGAAUGGGCAGAGGAUUUCACGAAGGUUCUACAAAAAAAUGCUGUGGCUUACAUCAGCCUCCACAGCCCCAUCCGGGGCAACUCCAGUCUGUACCCUGUAGCAUCACCAUCCCUCCAGCAACUGGUAACAGAGAAAAAUAAGUUCAACUGUACCAGGAGAGCUCAGUGCUCAGAAACCAAUGUCAGCUCUGUGCAGACCCAAGGGGACACCCAUUACUUCAUCAACCACCUUGGAGUUCCAGCGGUGCAGUUUGCUUAUGAGGACAUCAAAGCCUUAGAGGGUCCAAGUUUUCUCUCUGAGGCCAUCUUUCCUAAACAUGCAACAAAAAUUGAAGAAAUGGAUCCUUUCUUCAACCUUCAUGAAGUCAUUACCAAGCUCUCAGGAGAAGUGAUUUUGUACCUUGCCAAUGAACCAGUUCUGCCCUUCAAUGCCCUGGAUAUAGCCUUAGCCGUUCAAAACAGCCUUAAAGCUGAUGAGCCCAAUGUCCCUCACCUGCUCACCAUGGCAUCCCGCCUGAGAGAGAGUGCUGAACUCUUUCAGUCAGAUGAGAUGCGGCCUGCUAAUGACCCCAAGGAGAGAGCUCCCAGCCGUGUCCGCAUGUUGAACGACAUCCUUCAGGACAUGGAAGAGAGCUUUCUGGUCCAGCAGGUGCCACCGGGUUUUUAUAGAAACAUCCUAUAUCACCUGGAUGAGAAGACAAACCAGUUUUCAAUCCUCAAGGAGGCUUGGGAGCAUUGCAAACUGCUGGCAUCAAAUGAAACGCUCCAAGAGGCCCUGUCCAACGUGCUGAACAGCAUUAAUUCAGCUCAGGUUUACUUCAAAGCAGGACUGGAUGUGUUCGAAAGUGUCUUGGUUGGAGAGAAUUGAGAAAACACUCAGCAUUUUUAAAAGUGUGUUUACAAUUGUACAAGCUAAAGCUCUAAUCUGACCAGGUUUUUGACAAUGAAGACUUCCCCCCACCCCAUGGCUUUUUGACAAGUGUAAAACUAUUAUACAGUGUGUUUUUAAAUGUACAUAGGAGAAAGCAUUUUGCACAUUUGAUAUUUUUCUUUAUCUACAUUGAUGAAUAUAUGAAGCAAGCUAUGGGAAUAACAUGUGAGAUUUAUCUAUUAAAGAGAAGUCUCCUGUAUUUUUAUAUGUAAAUCACUUAAAGAGAAAACUUCAGGAAAUUCUGGUGUCUUUGCCACUGUGGACAGAACAUGGAGGAUGCAGUGAGUGUGUUCCUGCACUAGAUAUGGAGCAUUGAAAAGGGUCCAGAGAACUUUAGCAGGUCAAUAUGAAGAAGUCAAUAUAUUCCAAAUGUGGCCUGAAACCACUUCGAAUGUUUCUAUUUUCUGAAAUGAAGUUUCUCAUUUUACCACAACUAGAUGUAGUAAUACACUGGUUAUGAAAUUGUAUUUUUGAAGUAUUAAUGAAAAAAAGAGCCAUAAACAUUCCAAGGUGGGGGGUUGCUCAAGGAGCUACACAGAGCAAUUUAAAUGCAAAUUAUUUUCCUAACAACUUCUAGAGCUUUGAAAACCCUAAUUUUCCUCAGUUGAGUCUGUGAGGCUUUCAGAAGUGAUGUGUGCCUUGUGAGGAAGAACGCAUUUCUUACUUAUUUUUCUGUGUUUCUGGUGGUAUCACUAAAAGAGGCCACUCAAAAGGAAAGCAUCUCACAUGACCAUCUCUCCCUGCAUCUCCCCUACAACCCCUUGCUGUAAAGCAGCCUUCAUUUUUUAUUAUAUAAUUUUGCUGAAAAAAUGGUCAACUUGUCAUUAAAACUGAAAAUGUCAUCAAAGGUGUCAAAGUAUUUCGAAGCUAUUGACAAACUUACAAUGAAAGUAAUACUUGUUUUUAUCGAUGAAAGUCUUUAAAUCUAUGAAGAAAAUAUAUUUUUCCUUUUUCCAUCCUUCAUGGCGCCUAAUAAGAUGAAAACAGAGAUUAUCCAUGGUUCUGAUGCUGUUAGACAACACGCACCCUUUAAGUUCCCCCAUUGUUCCUCCUGUGGGGGAUGCUUUUCCUAAUUCUGGCAUUGUUAGCCAAUAAUUCUCACAUCCACAUUCCUCCCAAACUCCAAAAUUCUGCCUUGUAGGAGACAGGUUAAACUUUCAGCUUACCUUUUAAAGUCGAUUUGUAAAAGUGUUUCUCUGGUAUUUCAUGAUGCAGAUCCUCUCAGGAAAUAAAACCCUCAGAAUCUUUCUUACAACAUUUCCCUAUGAAAUUCAUCAUGAAACACACUCCUCCGUUAUACGUGGGCAGAGAAACACUGGGCAAAGCCCCUGUAUGUCUAAUUCUUUACUUCUUAUGGAUGAACAUAAACUUAUUUAGAAAGAAAGCUAAGCUUGAGAGAAAAGAAUUAAUCAGUAUUGACUAAGUGAUUUGUAAGGGUCAGCCUUUCCUACCUUGAGUAAUAUGUGUGUACUCAGAGCAGAGAACUGAGACAAUUAGCUGGAUAAUUCAAGCAGAAACACAUUUCCUCUGAAGUGCCUUUGUACAUAUUUUUCACAUGAGAAAUGGAACUACUGCAUAACUUUUUUGUAGACCAGUGUGCUUGAGACAUUCCUGGCAUGUUGAUGGAUGUUUGUGUGAAAGCUCUCAGAUGCUCUGAGUCCUGCAUGAUUGGCAUCAGUGCACCUUCACACUCUGAAAGGAUGGACAGAGAGAAGACUGUCAGAAUCUUCACACAGAUAUGCAAGGUCCCCAUGGUAAAAUCCUUUUGUGAAAGAAUGCUUAGCAUUUAAACCAAGGUCAUUCAGUACUUUGCAGAGAGCUGAAUUUAAAACAGACUGAUAAGCCACCAUUCAUUUGGUAGAUUUUUAAACUUCUUUUUAUUGAAUUUGUGUGUUUCAUACUGAACAUCUCAAUCAGUCUUAAUCAUCUUUAUACCCCAUUCCCCACUAGCAUACUAGCAUACUCCCAUAGACUCCCCCCCAUCCCCACCACCACUGGAAUUCAUACAUUCUGUCAUUUGUGUUAAGGCCUAGUGUGUCAAGUUAGUGGCUCCAGAUGCAGUAGGUGCAAGUUCACCUACUGAGGUCUAGUUGGUUUAUCUAAGAGUACCUUGCUUUGGGGAGAUUUUAGAACAAGAUCCUAAAUAACUUCACUAUAAUACCUCAAAAUAGCAUUGAGAACAAAGAAUAACUUUCUGGAAUUAUUGUUUAAAGACAAUGCAUAUAGGUAAAUCAUGUUAUAUAGCUAAAAAUAUCAUCCUAAAUUUCUUCUAAAUUGAGUUGAUUUUUGGAAAAUUACAAUUAACUAUUGAGUAAUAUAUUUUUAUUAGUUUCAUUUAAGAGAUCAUGUGAAUAAAUGAAAUAUUUAAAACAGAUGUCCAAGAAUUCUAUAGCUGCUCUGCAACUUGACCCAUACCAAGAUCUUAACACAUAAUAUUAGAACUAUUGUGAUCACCUCAAGGCUCUUAUGCAUCCAAGUACAUAAAAGUUCUGAGGAAGCUCAUAGCAAGUGUUAUAUGAAUCAGUAGAUCUUUCAAAUUGGAACUGAGACACCUAAUUAUAUAUAGACUUCUAAAACUACUUCCCAGAUAGAAUUGUGGUAGAAGGUAACAAAGCAUAGACAAUUCAUUUCUCAAGAAAAGCUGGACAGUAUAUGUCUGGGAAAUUUCUGUCCAGGGAGAAUACCUAGGGCUAUUGAUCUUCAUGAAAAAGCACAGAGCAUAGAGAAAGAAGGGAGCCGAAGAGACAUCCUAGGCUAAGAUCUAAAAUCUUGCUAUCAUCAUCAUCAUCAACAACAACAAUUACCAUCCUGACCAGAUACAGUCUAUCUUCUAACUGAAGAUAGAGUUAUGGAGAGACCUGGACAUGAUCCUGCAUUCAAUGAGUGGCUUAAGCCCUGCUGGGCUUCAAACUUCUGUGCAUUCUUGUUUGGUGUGGCUGCUUGCUCUCCAUUAGACAGAGCUGUAGAUGAUUCACACCCUGAAUCCUUUGCAACCCAGCCUUUCUACCAGAUGCUGCAUGGCCAGAGCAUACUGCUUUCAAUCCCAGGCUAGCCCACCCUCUGCUUAUACCCACCAAAACAAUCCCAGGGAUCCAGGCAAAGGGCACAAAUGCAGGGACAGUAUCUCCGUAUAAUGCCAUAAAUCAGGAAGGAGGGCACAGUGCAAAAUGUUGUUAGAAAGGGACCUAGCUCUUAGCAUGGUAGAAAAUCAACCUCUAAAUUGGUGUUCCUUGAAGUCUAAAGAGAGAAACUUCAGAUGAUUUACUCUCAGAUUCCCCGAUGAUGUAAAGUAGAAUAAUUUCUAAACUAUAUUAAUCCUUUAUCCUGAUAAAAUCAAUUGAAAUGUUAUUUAAGUAAAUAAAAAAGCCACAGUAAUAAAAGAGCCCAAAGAUUUAAAAAAUUCCUCCAGUAAAAACUAAACCACAACAAAAUAAAUACAAAAAAAUAACCUAUUAUCCAUAAAAAAGGAAGUUCAAUGUAGCCAACACCUGUGCCUGCUGUGUUGGACUGAUCUAAACACAGUUCACUAUUUCUAGUUGAAGCUCUAAAAUAAUUCAUUUACUAAGAAGCUAGGAUUAACAUAAUGUGUCAAAAUCAUCAAGUUGAUAGAAAGUAGUGGGAUGGCUUUUUUAUCUGCUAUGCCAUGUAAUGUCAGUCCUGUGUCUUUUAUAUUGAGUGUGGCAGAGAACAGGAGUCCUCUGCCAUGAGAACAUGAUAUGAUACAACAUUUCAACAUGCGCUGUCCAAAACUGAUCACUCACAGCGAGGCGAAUAGAUCCAGCCAGGUGAUGCUUCACUAUGAUUUCAAAACAGCCUAAGGAAACAGAACACACACUCCCCAGUGGCAGUAGCCCACCUCGAUAAUGUCCUGCCUAUGUAAUUUGAAGACAUCUAAAAAGCAUUAAAACUAAGCACAUUAUUUUAGACCACUGGGAUGACUAGACUUAAAAUUGUGAAAUUGAAACAGAGUCCAGGAAUACCAUCCUUUCCUCUUCUACAUACAUACACACGUCACUGAGGGGAGAUUUGCCUACAGGAAAGACAGUGUCACAAAAAUGUGUAUUUGCUUCCAGCUUAUUCAUGAUGAAUCAGCAUCUUUGCCUCAAAUAAAAAGAUAUGUCAUUUGCAUGGCAAAUUGGGAGAUUUUUCCUGUAAUGUUCUUGUGAGCUGUUCUGGGGUUUAUGUAAUUAAUUACUGAAUAAGCUUUCUUUGAGGAUCAUUCUCUGGCAUCUCUUUGGCUAAAUGUGUUGUUGAAGCGUGCCUUAGUCACACAGCUCCUUAAUCCAAAGGGAUCAUUUUAAACUGCCAAUCCAUGAGCUGCAUGGAAAGGAAAUGGUCUCCCAUAUUUCAGUAAAUUCCUCUCCAACACAUGUUCCAUACAGGACCAUGAGCACAACCUGAGGAUGGGAGACAAACCAGUGACAUUAGCCCAGCGACACUCGUGAACGUGGAUCUCUUGCAAGAGUUUACAUUGCUAGCUUUAAAAACCUUCCCUAGAAUUACCAUUCUGAAAGAUCAUAAAAGCCUUCAAAGAAUUUUAAGCACCCUGCUAAGUGUAGACACUUUUCAGUUUAGUGGGUUUGUUUCGUGCAAUUCUGAAUUUUAAGUGAGAUAAGUCUGAAGAAGAAAAAUAGCAAAAAUGUUUUAGAGUGUGCCCUGUACUGGUCGUUGCCUUGACCACUUAGAUUUAUGUUUCCUUUCUAGAAUCAUAGUAGAAAUGAGACUAGAUGUUUUCUUCCUGGAGAUAGACCUGGAGUUUAUGUUCUAUCUGUUGCAAGAUAAAUGUGUUUGUUAAUCAGCCAGAGUUUUCAUUUCAAAAUAACUUUCCGUUAUUCAACACAGAUGUCACUGGAAGUGCCUUUAACAAGAGAGAGAAGAAUUGUGAUCCCAGGCUUAAUGUGAGGGAACAUAUUCCUUAAAGGCAUUUAUAAUCUGUGUUCAAACUAGAUCAUAAUUUUUAAAAGUAAAGAAUAGACCGAGGCAGAUUCAAGAGUUUGCAUUACUUCUGCUUGUAUUAUUUUGCAUUUGUUUAUACAGUUACAUAGCUUGCCAUAAACAAAAUGGUAAUUUUGAACUAUUCAGUCAGUAUCCACUCACCAAAACCAAAGAAGUGUGUUACUACUCAUUUCUCGUGCAAGGAUUCUCUUAAGAAUUUGACCAGACACAGUUGAUUCUUUGUCUACCUCCAAGAAGAGCUUUAACGACUGUAGACAGAGCCUCACAGUGCUCAGUUCCUUUGAUGGCUUAAGCCAAUAAGCCUCGAGGCAGAUUUUCUCAGAAGAAAACAGGCUAGUUAACAUCCACCACUUCAGUCAGCAAAAGGCCACACAGGUGCCGAUUUCACACCGUCUCUCAUGUGCUCUAGUCAUAUAAGCUCGAGAGAUUAAUAUGCAAUCAUUACGGUGAAUGAUUGUGCUGCACUGAAGUUCAUGUUCGUCUUUCGUUCUGAUUAAAGUGCAAUUUUGGGAUAUGACUAGACCUUCCCUGAAGAACUGGAGUUAGAGUCCCGUUUUUAAUGAACUACAUAUAUUUUCAAUCAAAAUGUGUAAUUGUUUAAUUAUCUAGGCUGAUCAGUAUUUAUAACUCUGAAGCUUCUUCAAGGUAUCCGUACUCAAUAUGAGGCCAUGAUGAAGACUAUCACUUAUGUGUCAUAUUUUGGAUUUCUUAAUCAUUUUAAAUCAUAUCUUCACUGCAUAAAAUAGUUUGAUUAAUAUUAAUUAUUUUAUUUGGUUUUAUAUUUAAUGCUUCUGAAUAGACCUUACUCAGAAGUUAGAGCAAAAUGCUAGCACUCUAUAAAGAUGAUUUUCCCUGUCUGUUCAGAGAAAAAUAAAUCUAAGUAAAUGAGAUAUUUCAAUACACCCAUUGCAACUUCUCCAUAAGAAUUGAUGGUUAAGUGUAGCUCAUAUAAUUAUAUUCCAAAGAUGUCAUAAAUAAUUCCAUUUAGCAGCUAAGCUCAACUCUAUUAGGUGAUUUAGUGUGUACACUGCAAACAGAAAGUUUUAGUGGCAGACAUAUCCAAUGUAUUUUAAUUGCUACUUGGGAAAAACAAGAAAGAAUCAUAUAUAAAAAAAGAAAAGCUUCCCAGGGCACUUUGCAAUUCUAAUUCGAUCCUAUAGAUACUCAGAUAAUCAAUAUAGGAUUUUGAUAAUAGUUUUAUAUGUGUUUCCAAUGUUCGUAUAUGUCAGGUGUUUAAUAAUUUUAAUCACUUAAUGAAGCUGCAUUGAAAUAGAUAGAUUUUCAUUUUGGGGUAUAAUAUUAAAAGAUGUAACCCUAAAAUGAAGACUGAAAAUGAACAGUGAGAUUGACAGAGUUACUUGGGGCAAAAUUUGAAGGAUAAUUUAAUUUUGCUUUAAUUAAAAGGAAAUAACUCUUCAAAAGGUAUCCUCAUUACUAAAUUGUGUGGAACUGUCUUAGUCUUACUUUUCUUCCAGAUAAUCUGAUUACUGUGUGUGGUUGAUGCACUUUUUAUUGCGGAGAAAUGGCCCUUGCCUUUGUGGUCUUACUGAGUUUUAAUGACCUUAAUUUAGGGGCAUCUUUAAUUUUUGAAUUACUCUAUAUAGUCAAAUGUCUAAUUUGUAUGUGUGAUUGCCCAUCAAAAGUUGAAUGUUUCUGCAUGUUUUCCAAGUGUAAUCUCAACAAAUUGUUUAACGUUUUGUAUUACUUGAGAGGAUUCAAUGUGCAGCUUUAGGUGUGAUUUUGAAUGAUAAAAUGGAUUGAAAUACCACAUCUACUAAAGAUGGAUGAAUACUUCAUAUUUUGCUUGCUUAAAUAUGCUUAAAUAUGUGCAUAUAACUAAAAGCACAGUACUGAGAAAUAAAGGCAUCUUUUCAAACUA